CUUUUAUGAACGUGCCUCCCUGAAAUGGACCAUAAGGGAGGGCUAGGUGACCCAUUUUCCAUUCACAAACUCUCACCGUGUAUUUUUUUGAUCGGGUAAAUAAUAUUAGCUUGAAUUUGUAAUUUUAUCAAUGUGUUUUGUUGAAAUCAGUAAAUGACAAAUCGCCAGCAGAACGGUCCCUUUCCACGGUAACGCCCCUUUCCAAGAUUACGCCCUGGUGGUCACGCAGUUUGCAGAGACCCAUCACCCCUCUCUCUUUUUCCUCAGCAAUAUGCCAAUCAAUGGUGCCUCUAAUAAGAAAAUGCGAUACGUGUAUCGAUGAAAGCUUUAUUAUGAACUCAUAGUAUUCUAGGGAUUUAUUCUCUCAACUGCCCCAUCCAUCCAUCCAUCCAUCCAUCCAUCCAUCCAUCCAUCCAUCCAUCCAUCCAUCCAUCCAUCUCACUUUACAAACUAGUCACUGUUACAAACUAGUCACUGCUGUAUCAGAUCAGGCGUACUGCGUCACCCUCUUAAUUAAUGUCAUGCAACCUGUCAUCAGCCAGCCAAAUUUAACAAUUCUUAACAAGAUUUUUUAUUCACAUAAAUUGUUAUUGUCGAAUGACGUCAGUUUGAAUAACUCGGUGAAGUUGGGAUCCAUAUUUUCUUCUCGACUUUUCUUUUUCAUGUUCACGGCCCACAGUUUCACUCGCUGGUCGGAGGUCUAAAGACUCCGACUUCCCACCGUCAUCGAAUGCAGCACUCGUACCUCGUUUUUUUCAUAGUGAUUGAAUGACGUAAAGUGUUUCUGGCUUUUUAUCAUAUAGGCCUAUCUUCUACUCUCGUGUUUUGAAAACGCUGGACGUUUCUUGCCCACAGUUGGGUGCAUAAAAUAGUUUUGUACGGAUACUGCAUCAUUUUAUUCACUAUUUGUAGGUAACCUGCAGCUUAAUGGAAUUGCAGCUGGAUAGAAUUGACGCGUUAAUUGGCUAACACCUCGAAGUUUAGCCGAGGGCGACUGAGUGUACUAGCUGGGAUGGGAAGAGAGAAGGACGCGAAAGAAGACAGGAAGACCAAACAAAGUUACGAAACUGAACAUGAGGCCAAACGGCAAUGAGGUUGCUGAAGCUGGGGGCGACAGUGCAAAGUCAACCAAAUCUACAGAGAAAACUCCUAAUGGAAAAAUCAACAAGAUAAAAGUGCCAAAAACUGUGAAGCUGGAAUCACCAAGCAAUUUCAGUAGUCGUGAGCCAGAUGAUGGUAAUUUCACUACAAAGAAGAAAGGAGUGAAAAGAAGAAGAACCAAGGAUGAACCUGCAGAUGUUCCCACCAGUGAAGCACUCAAAAACGGCGGCAAACAUAAAAAACGGCCUCAUUCAGAGGAAGAAAGCGAUGGAGAACCUCUGAAAAAACAUGCUAAGAAAAAACCUAAAACGGAUGUGAAGCUAGAGGAAGGAGAGCAGCCGGUUUCCAAAAAGUCUAGGAAGACAAAGGAGGAGAUUAAAGAAGCAAGAGAAUUGAAGAUUCGACAGAAGGAAGAGGAGGAACAGAAGCGCUGGCGAUGGUGGGAAGAAGAGAAGUAUGAAGCUGGGGUAAAAUGGAGGUUUCUGGAACACAAAGGGCCCUAUUUUCCACCUGACUACCAGCCCCUACCAGACAACGUUCACUUCUACUACAAAGGUGAUCCAGUGAAACUGAGCCUGGCAGCUGAGGAGGUGGCUGUUUUUUUUGCUCAGAUGUUAGAUCAUGAAUACACUACAAAAAAGGUUUUUCGGGAGAACUUCUUCAAAUCUUGGAGACGGGAGAUGACGCAUAAGGAGCAGUUGUUGAUUCAAGACCUUGACAAAUGUGAUUUUGGAGAGAUUCAUGCAAUGCAUAAAGCCAAGGUAGAGGAAAAGCGAAACUUAAGCAAGGAGGAAAAACUGGUUUUGAAAGAGACCAAUCAGAAGAUAGUGGAGGAGUUUGGCUACUGUAUGCUAGACCACCACAGAGAGCGUAUUGGCAACUUUAAGAUUGAACCUCCAGGGCUGUUCAGAGGUAGAGGCGAGCAUCCCAAACAAGGCAAGCUGAAGAAAAGGAUCCAGCCUGAAGAUGUCAUAAUCAACUGCAGCAGAGAAUCCUGCAUCCCUGUACCUCCUGCCGGCCAUCACUGGAAGGAAGUCCGCCAUGACAACACUGUGACAUGGUUGGCCAGUUGGACAGAAAACAUCCAGGGGAGCAUUAAAUAUGUCAUGCUGAAUGCCAACUCCAAACUCAAAGGUGAAAAGGACUGGGAGAAAUAUGAGGUUGCUCGCAAACUUAAGCAGCAUGUGGAUGGCAUCCGUGAACAGUACCUUACUGAUAUGAAGUCCAAAGAGAUGCGUAUUCGACAGAGAGCUGUGGCCCUCUACUUCAUUGACAAGCUGGCGCUGAGAGCUGGUAAUGAAAAGGAGGAGGGAGAGACGGCAGACACAGUGGGCUGCUGUUCACUACGUGUUGAGCACAUCACACUCCAUAAGCAGCUGGAUGGCAACCAAUGUGUAGUGGAAUUUGAUUUCCUGGGUAAAGAUUCCAUUCGCUAUUACAACAAGGUCCCAGUCAUCAAUAAGGCAUUUAAGAAUCUCAAGAUUUUCAUGGAAAACAAGGACCCUGGCGAUGAGCUCUUUGACCGCCUCACUACCGCCAUGUUAAAUAAGCAUCUGAGUUCCCUCAUGCCAGGUCUGACUGCAAAGGUUUUCAGGACAUACAAUGCCUCGACCACUCUGCAGCAGCAACUGAAAGAACUCACAAAAGACUCAAUGGUCAAUGAUGCAGAGAAACUUCUCGGCUACAACAGAGCGAACAGAGCGGUUGCAAUCCUCUGUAACCAUCAGCGGGCGCCGCCAAAGACCUUUGAACAGUCUAUGGCGAACCUUCAGGCCAAGAUUACUGCAAGAAAAGAGCAACUGGCACAUGCCAAGAGGGAGCUGGAGCAAGCUAAGAAGGACGCAAAGGUUAAAGGCCGCUCAGACCCCAAGCUGCAGAUACUGGUGGAGAAGAAGAAAGCAGCUGUGAAGCGCUGUUCGGAGAGUCUUAUGAAGCUGGAAGUCCAGGCCACCGAUCGAGAGGAGAACAAGCAGAUUGCACUGGGUACCUCCAAGCUUAACUAUCUGGAUCCACGCAUCAGUGUGGCCUGGUGCAAAAGAAUGGGGGUGCCAAUUGAAAAAAUCUACAAUAAGACCCAGAGGGACAAGUUUGCCUGGGCAAUUGACAUGACAGAGACAAACUUUGAGUUCUGAAUAUUUACUUGGACAGUUUUAUUUGCACAAAUGCAAUUAAGGGACCUCUGUAGUUAAACGUUCCAUUCAUAAUGUUCUCUGGCUAUUUUUUUUUCUCUCCAUGCAGUGUUGUGACAUGACCAAUGACUGCUUGAUGUUUUGACAGGUUUGCUUUGUUUGGCACUUUAUUCAUUAGAUUACUGUAGUGUUAUGUUUGUACAGUUUUGUUUGCAUUCAUCUGAAUAAAGGUUCCUAUUGUGCA